AUGGUCGGCUUCCUUGUAUCCUGGGUCACGACUGUAACUGCGAUUACAAUCAGCUUAUUCGCAGUGUCGGCAAGGUCAUUUCCGCCACGCAACUACUUCGCAGUGUCCCCAAGAGCGUUUCCAACGCGCGUCUGUGCUACGACAGCGCCGGCCCAGGAUGCACUGGACGUCAACACUACCAGCCUUCAAGUUGGUGGUCGUCCGUUUGGCAUGGUAUAUCUCAGCGAAAGUAUUGCGUUUGCCACAAUCGAGCGGUCCGUUGCCGUACUGGAUGUUUCAAACUUUACGCCAAAGAUCAAGACCACCGUCCCGCUUCCACCCGACGUAGUGAUAGGAACCAACGACCCAGAUUCGGCCGGGUACGAAUUCCAUGGUAUCGCACUGACCCACGAUAAACGGAACCUCUACGUCGUUACGGGAUACGGCGCUGUUGUCAUGGACGUUCCUAAAACGAUCGCAGGGAGGAACGAUUCCAUUGCGGGCCUCCUGAGUCGGAAUGGUUACGCAGGGUCCAAUGCAGUCCAGAUCUCAAUCACGCCCGAUGACAAGUUCGUUUUCAUAAGCCAAGAGUUUGGCAGCAAUGCCACACUGAACCGUGGUGCCAUCGAGGUCUACAACGUAACACGCUUGGAAAACGGUACGGUGGUCGGAGGGUACAAGGGUUUCGUGGCGUUAGGGUAUGCCACUGUGGGCCAAGCCUUCUCGAAGGACUACAAGAAACUGUUCGUGACCAGCGAAGUCUCACGGAGUGCAAGGAACAAGAAUGAGACGGAAGGAGCAGUCAGUGUCCUGGAUGUUGAGACUCUUAAGACAACGCCAGGGAAGGCGUAUUUAUACGAGAUCCGUGGCGGAUGUCAUCCUGUUCGAUGCAAGUUGGCAAACGAUGGCAAGACCCUCUGGGUCACCGUGAGAGAAGCAAACCAGCUCCUUGCAUUUGAUGCAGAGAAGCUAGCCAAAAACGUGACGACCGAUGUAGUGGUGGCUAAUGUGAAGACUGGGACUUCUCCGGUCGGCGUUGCUGUUGUUGGGCAAUACAUUCUGACCGCAGACUCGAACAGAUUCGGCUACAGCAACACGACCACGGGCGCGACCGUCGUAGACUCGCUCGCUGCUCUGCGUGGGAAGACCAGCAGGUGGCCCCAGAUACGAACAGGUCGGUUCCCCCGUGAGUUUGCUUUGAGCCCUGAUGGCAACACGAUGCUUGUGGCGGAGUACGAUGCCCAGAAAAUACGGGCGGUUGAUGUCAGCUCGCUGAAUGCUAGAAUGGACGUUUGA